AUGGACAACAACGAGAAGCCGCCGGUAAUGCCUCCACGCCCGGAACAGCAGCCAUCGGGCGUCCUUCCACAAUACACCAAUGUUCCGGCAUACAACCCCCAGGACUACGCAAAUCAGCCCAUGGGCAGCAAUAAACCAUUCGAGGCUCCAGCACAGCGACUGAGUCUGGAGCACGAAGAUGUCUUGUCGCCCAUCCACUUUACACGAGAUCCAAAGAAGUUGAUCGGCUACCUUGUGCCCUUCCCUAAACCAGUGCUGCAUGGCGUCCCAGCUGAGAGAGUGCCUCAGAGGUUCUUGAUCUAUACACCACCUCCCCCGCCGAUCAGCAGCAAAUGGCAGCCAAAGGAGGGCGAGAAAGAAAGCAAGAUGCAUAAAGUGCAGCGGAAGUGGGAGACUGAGCUGCGAGAGGCAAAGACAAGUAAUGUGAAGACAAUGAGCUGGAAAGGCUUGAAGGGCAAAGCGACGAAGAGUAUCGAUUGGGGCAUGAGCCAGACGAAGACGUCGUCCCUCGAAUUCUUGAAUCGUAUCGGUGCCAACCAGGAGCAGGACACCCAUGCCGAGGAUGGACACCAUGAGGGCGAGGAGACUAAGAAGACGGUGCCUCUGGAAGAGAUGCUUCUCAUCUACCCUGCCAACAUGCCCGGUGAGCCCAACCAAAUCAGAGAGGAAUUCGUGAACACCAUGCUACGAUCCAAGUCCAAGGCAGAAAGGGACGCCGUCAUCGCUACCGGCCUCCUCCCUGUCGCUUUCGCCGUCGACAUGCUAGCAGUCCUCGUGUGGCCGUUUGGUGGACUACUCGAGGUCGAUGCCGUCUGGCUGUACUCCAGCAUUCGAGGCGCAAAGACCAGUAGAAGCGUCACGAAGCGCCUUACAUCGACUUCGACUACCAACGACCACAACAAAGACAAGCUGGCGUUGAACUUGACGCCGUCAGCACGCUUGGAUGUUCUUGAGCGGUAUCUUGCUGCUCGAUGCCACGAGAAGGAUAGCAAGUUGUUUCCGACGUAUGCUUCGGCUCCCAGUGAGUCUGAGGUUCUGGAGGCUAUUGGCUGGUACCCUAGUAGCAAGGGUGGCGAGGAGAGGAACUGGGAGGACGAACAGUGGGAGACAUUGGAGGUGAAGGAUGAUUUGCAAAAUUUCAUGAAGAAGGGCGCGAAGGAGUGGGUCAAUUGGAGUAAAGCGUUUGAGAAGAAUCCAGAGAAGGCGUUGAAGAAGUGA